CCCCCUCCCCCGCUGCUGAUCUAUCCACGACGGUCCCUAUAUAUAUGGGCCGCCGCGACCGUUUGGCUCGCUAGUCACCGUAUUCUUUUGCGUUGGUAAUUUCCACGUAAUUAUUGGUGUUUUGUCGGCUGUUGCAGUGGCGCAGUACGCGACAUAUUCAUUUUAAAGCGUGGUUACCCCAAACAACGAUUUGCUAGGGACCUCGCUUACAUUUUUUGGACCUUCGUUCCGGAUAUUUUGUUAUCAAUAUGGCACCUUCAAAAUCUUCGAAACAAGAAUUAACGCAAGGGACGCGGCGUUAAAUUCAAUACGGAAAAUACAUGCACUGGCUAUGGAAGCGGACACGGAUGAGCAUAAACGACCAAUAUUUUUCGCACGUCACGGGACAUUAGAACGUGCGGUUAAGUCGUUUGAAGCGGAGCAAGGAAAUGUUCUUUCUUCACUGGUUGAAUUAAACAGGUCUGACGAAUUUACAAGUUCAGAUUUAGAAAUUACUGAGGACAUGGAAAAAAUGUGUGGAGAAAUUCAAGUGGUGUUUUCGAAAUUACGUGGAUAUCCUUCAAUUACACAUCAAGGUGCAAUCGUAGAACGCGAAAAUACGUAUAAUGCUCGUGCAUCGUUGUCGUUGCCGAAGAUUGAGCUUCCAAAAUUCGACGGUAGUCUUAUAAAUUGGUGCGCGUUUCGCGAUAUGUUCACGUCACUAGUGCAUGAAAAUCGGUCAAUAACGGAUAUAGAGCGCUUUCAUUAUUUGGUGUCUUGCUUAUCAGGAUCGGCCUUGAACAUUGUCAAAUCAGUUCCACUAACCUCAGAUAAUUAUGUAAUCGCCUGGUGUGCGCUUCGGGAUCGUUAUGAUAACAAGCGGCUUCUUGCUACAGCACAUUGUGAUAAAUUAUUUUCAUUUGAACGUUUACAACGGGAAUCGGUAUCCUCGUUAUCAUCUUUUGUUAAUACUUUUCGUGAGAAUGUGGCUGCGCUAAAGGCACUUGGUGUUGUUGAUUUGUCUGGUUUCUUGCUAUUCUACAUCGGAGCCCGCGUCAUUGAUCCUGAUACUCGUCGAUUAUUUGAAGCAAGUGUACCUCAAGAAAGCAUACCGAAGCUGGAUGAACUGUUGGAUUUUGCUGCGAAUCGGUGUAAGAUUUUAGAAAACGUCGGCGCUAACACGGGUACACUGUCAGUGGGCAACAGUAGUUCUAGAAAGGGCAAGGGCGGCCAGACGUCCGUGAAGACUUCAUUAUCGACUACUGCCACUGCCAAGAACAAAUGUGCGUUUUGCGAUCGUGAUCACCCGUUGUUUCGAUGUUUAAUGUUCAAGAGGAAAUCGGUCGCCGAACGGCGGGAGUUUGUCAUUAAGAAAGAAUUAUGUUUUGUUUGUCUACGUCCGGAUCAUGAAGCAAACUCUUGUAAGUCGGCGUACUUGUGCAAAACUUGUGAAGGACGACACAGUGUAUUGCUCCAUUUAGAUUCAAAACAUAAGGGUUCAGUGAAAACAUCAACACCUAAUGCAAUGGCAAUUUCAAAACCGAUUGAAAGCACCACGGAUCAGAACUGUACAGCUACUAACUUUUCAGGCGCUGUGAAAUCGGAUGUUAGUGUUGUACUGGCUACGGCGAUAGUGAGAAUACGAGACCAAUCUGGUGAGCUGGUGCCAGUGCGAGCUUUAUUAGAUACUGGAUCACAAAUUUCGGCCAUUACCAAUCAGUGUGCGAUCCAACUUGGUUUACCACGUCAUAAGGGACGAGUAGAGGUUAGUGGUCUGGCACAGCAGCCCGUACGAACUGUUAAGGGUUCAACCAAUUGUAGCUUUAUUCCUUUGUUGUAUGAUGCACCGCAAAUAUCGGCCACCAACAUUGUAAUAUUACCAAAAAUCACCGCUCUUAUGCCGAAUCAAAAAUUACCCAUUUCAAUUCGUGAGCGAUACGGGCAUCUUCCACUCGCUGACCCCGAUUUUGAUGUACCAGGUUCAGUAGACAUGCUGAUUGGAGGGGAUUUAUAUCCAUUCAUCUUGCAAUCGCGAUCGGAUAUUGUCCAUAGUCCCGGUCUGCCGUCAGCCUUGAACACACAGUUUGGUUGGGUAAUAGUCGGAGCCAUAGAAGGGUCAAGAGAAUACUCUACGGCUUCAUCGUUGGUGGUUCAUGCGGCAUCAGAUAAUCAAAAUAUAGGUGAGCUUUUACAGCGAUUUUGGGAAGUUGAAGAACUUGAUAUAAAGCAUAGCCCAAGCACAGAAGAUGAAGCAUGUGAAAGACAUUUUCAAGAAACAGUAUCGCGGGAUUGUAACGGAAGAUUCCAUGUUGCUUUGCCUUUCAAAUCCAUAAUUUCUAGUUCAAUGGAUAAGGAAAAUACAAAGCACGACGCUCAUUCAUUAGGCCUAGGAUCGUCCCGGGCAUUAGCUCUGAAUCGCUUAUAUAAUCUUGAACGUCGCCUAAGUAAGGACGAAGAGCUAUAUAACGCCUAUCGUGAUUUUAUGGAUGAAUAUAUUGCACUAGGCCAUAUGAAGUUGGCUGAACGCACCGGAGAAUAUUUCAUACCACAUCACGCAGUUGUAAAACGGAAGGAGAAUGAUAUAAAAAUUCGAGUUGUUUUUGAUGCCUCCGCCCCUUCUUCGUCGGGACGUUCUCUGAACGACUGCUUAGCAACUGGGUCUAAAUUGCAAACCGAUAUCGGUGACAUCUUGUUGCGUUGUCGAUUCUAUAAGUACAUAUUCAUAGCGGACAUAGUUAAGAUAUAUCGACAAAUAUUCGUUCGAAAAGAAGACCGUGUUUACCAACACAUUCUUUGGAGACGUUCACCACACGAGCAAGUACAGGAAUAUGAGUUGUGCACUGUUACCUAUGGUAUAAAUUCAGCACCGUUUUUAGCAAUUCGCUGUCUUCUCCAGUUGGAACAAGAUAAUGGUCCAGAAUUUCCAUUGGCAAGGCAAUUUCUGCGGUCAUAUACCUAUGUGGAUGACAUUAUUGCAGGGGCCGAUACAAGGGAAGGCAUAUUGAAGGUGCAAUGUCAAGUCGUUGGGUUGUUACAGAAAGGCUGUUUUCAGCUCAGUAAAUGGGCCAGUAAUUGCCCCGAAGUAUUGGAAGGCAUUGCGAAGGAGGACUGCGCCAGUAACCCAUACUAUGAACCUCAUUCUGGACUGGCUAUAAAAAUAUUGGGACUUUACUGGGACCCGUAUGGAGAUACAUUCGGAUACAGGUCAAAUAUUACAGAGAUGCAACCUACAAAGCGAUCAGUACUAUCAGUCCUCGCUCGAUUAUAUGAUCCCAUUGGAACAUUAGGCCCAAUGGUUUUCUGGGCUAAGUGCCUAAUGCAAGAGCUAUGGCGCCAAGGACUGAACUGGGACACUCCAAUUUCCAAUGAGAUCUCUUCCAAGUGGAAUAUGUUCAUAGAAGAACUUACAUCGUUGGCGCACUUGAAGUUACUUCGUCAUAUUAGCAUUGGAAAAUGCAUAAAGGCAUCAAGAGGGUUACUCCCAAGCCAAUUAGUUGCUUCGCAGUUGCAUUUGAAUGGUCCGGAAUUCUUACGGCAGCCUGAAGAACAAUGGCCGAGUCAAACUUUAACAAGACUUCCUUCCGAGCAACUUCCAGAUUACAAACAACCAGUCAAGUGUGUGUUGCAUAUCCUUAAAUGUAAAGAAUCAGAAGAGAUCUUCCGUCGUUUUUCGUCAUUAACGAGAAUGCAACGGACACUCGCGUAUGUAUGGCGCCUCAUUGACCGUUGCAAACGGAGGCCUGUAAGCAGCGGCCCACUUACUCAAAUUGAACUCAAUCGAACACUUCUUAACAUCAUUAAGCUUACGCAAAAUUUUUAUUGGGAAGACUUACGGAAACAGUUAGAAAAUACAUCGGCAUCGAUAACCCCCAAUUCACUUGCUCAGUUGUCACCAUAUUUAGACAAGGAAGGAUUAAUACGUGUCGGCGGUCGACUUCGUUUUUCGCUUCUGACCGAGGAAGCUAAGCAUCCGGUGUUGCUCCCUAAGGCUGCUCAUGUUACGCAGUUAAUCAUAAUCCAUUAUCAUAUGAGCCUUCUAGUUAUGGCUAUGAUUCAAAGGAAAUAUUGGAUUGUGUCAGGACGUGCCGCCAUUCGGAAAAUUAUACAUACAUGUGUUAGAUGUGUGCGCCAUAGAUCUGCUUGCCCACAACCAGUCAUGGCAGACCUGCCACCAGUACGAGUACAGCCUCAUAGACCAUUCGCAUUCGUUGGCAUGGAUUACGGUGGACCGUUUAUUGUGAAAGAAAGCCGUCGACGAGGUGCUAAGACUAACAAGGCUUAUCUUGCUCUAUUUGUGUGUCUGUCAGUAAAGGCAGUCCAUCUGCAAGUGGUGAAGCUGCCUGUGUCCUGAUCAGAAGGUUCUUCUAUCAACCAGUUUUUUUGUAUUUUUUUUAUCAUAUUAUCUAUUUAAUGUAAAGUGGUACAAGAUGUACAAUUCCUUAUUCA